UUGCAGCCCAAUCUAGAGAGAGAAAACAUUUACUCGGAGGGAAAGGGAAAACAGGACGGGAGGAGCUCCUUCACGCCAAUUUCCCUCCUUUCUCUCUCCUCAAAAGAAGGGAGGGAGAGAGAAGCAGGAGAAUCUAUCACACUCCUACUCGUGACCCCCUCUUCCCCUCUUCCUCCGCUGCUUUCUCAGAAGAGAGAGAGAGAGAGAGAGAGAGAGAGAGAGAGAUGACUUCUGGAGGGGGAAGGAUGCCGACAUGGAAGGAGAGGGAGAACAACAAGAGGAGAGAGAGGAGGAGAAGAGCUAUUGCUGCUAAAAUUUUUACUGGCUUGAGAACUCUCGGCAACUACAAGCUCCCCAAGCACUGCGAUAACAACGAGGUCCUUAAAGCUCUCUGUGCAGAGGCUGGUUGGGUCGUUGAGGACGACGGUACAACUUAUCGCAAGGGAUACAAGUUGCCUCUUCCACAACCAGAUACAGCAAUAGGAGCUCCAUCUUCUAAUAUAAGAGCAUGCUCUUCAUCCCACCAGCUUAGCCCUCCAUCCUCCUCCUUCCCCAGCCCUGUCCCUUCUUAUCAGGCGAGCCCGUCGUCUUCCUCCUUCCCAAGUCCCACAAGACUCGAUAAUCACAACAACCCUACUGUCAAUCCUUCCUACAUCCUCCCCUUUCUUCGUAACCUUUCGUCUCUCCCUCCUCUUCGUAUCUCCAACAGCGCUCCGGUGACUCCUCCCCCGUCUUCCCCAACCUCUUCUAGGCCGUUGAAGCUUAAAAAGCCCAAUUGGGACUAUGACGCCGCCACAUCUUAUCGUCAUCCUUUGUUCGCUGUUUCAGCCCCAGCCAGCCCAACCCGCGGCCGCCACCAGCUGCACCCUGCGACAAUACCGGAGUGUGACGAGUCUGAUGGCUCGACGAUUGAUUCCACCAGGUGGGUCAGCUUUCAGAACACCGCUCCGGCAUCUCCGACAUUCAAUUUGGUUAACCCUGGUGCGGCGUUGCCAGAACCUUCUCCGAAUGGGGUCGGAAUGGUUGAAAGAGGGGGGAGAAUUGGAUCUGACUUCGAAUUCGAGAGUGGGAGGGUGAAGCCAUGGGAAGGGGAGAGGAUUCAUGAUGUCGGAAUGGAGGAAGAGGAGGAUCUGGAGCUUACAUUAGGGCUUGGAUGCGGCGGAGCCAAAUGAUGUUCUGUUUAUCCAUUUCUUCUAAUGGAUCAGAAUUCUGUUGUGAUCUUUGGAAGCCAAGUAUGGAACAGGUAUUCUUUCAUUGCUUCUAGAUGAGAAAACACUGAGCUGAGCUUCUACUUGGUGGAACAUUCUAAUCUAUUCAUAUAUUUAAAAGCUUAGUAAAUUGCAGAGAUUUUUUUUUUCCACAUUUUCACCAUUUGAUUUUGAAGAAAAUUGAAGCAGCUAAUGGAUUAGUUAGUAUUUUCAUUUAAUGUUGAAAGAAAUUUAGAGUAAGGGAGCUAAAAUGUUUGUUAAUUAAGCUGAUUACAGGACUGCAUUAGCUUUGAGGCACUAAUUAGUUCGUUAAAAAAAGUUAGACAGCACUAAAUGUGUGGUUAUCUCUUAAAUCAUUUUAGUUCUAAAGUUUAAAUGGUAAGAUAUAUAAAAUAGGAG